AUGAGCUCUUCCCUUACAAAGAUCAAACAAGGGCCCGACGAGCCUUUUUCAGACUUUAUCCAUCACUUUCUAACAGCAGCAGAUGCAGCAGCUGGUAGGAGUCAAGGAGGAAGCCAGCAGGCAGGCAUCAGACCCCUGGUGAAGCCAAGUGGGACUGCUGGAGUGUGGAGUGUGCAUUCUUGCACACAGAUCAGGCGUCGGGCUCUGUUGCAGUUCUGUAAUAUGAUCCAGUGCACCAUCCCUGGGAGUCAUCCCUUGAUGGAUUACAACGACUAUGGCUGCUUCUGUGGCUUUGGAGGCUCAAACACUCCAGUGGAUGAGUUAGACGGGUGCUGCCAGAUGCACGACAACUGCUAUGGUCAGGCCCAGGAUCUGGAAAGCUGCAGAUUCCUAGACAACCCCUACACCACCUCCUACUCAUACUCCUGCUCCGGGAAUGAGGUCAUCUGCAGUGAUAAAAACAAUGCCUGUGAGGCCUUCAUCUGCAGCUGUGACCAACAGGCCGCCAUCUGCUUCUCCAAGUCUCCAUACAACAAGGAGAACAAAGGCAUUCACUGUUAG